AUGGCUCCUACCUCAAUUACCUCCACCAGCAGUGACACACCAACAGCAUUGCCAAUCAACACUCAGCCUGCUCCACCAUCCGGCUUCUCUGGCGAUGACUUCAUCAACAACCUCGGUAGCGACCUGGCGCCUCUUCUUACGCUAUUCGGAGAGCAAGUGACGAAACAGUUCCUUACCAUGUCGCUUGGGUGGGCCGACAACAUCCUGCUCGCCGUCGGACCGCUGGGUAUCAUUACCAUCAUUGUUUCGGCCAUUAGGGUCGGACGUGUUAGUAUUCUCAAGGCUCUCGUAGGACGUGCAAGAGAAAGCUUGACUACAGCGGAGCUAGAAAUUCUGUCGUCUACGUCUGAAAACUCGUCCGAAUUGUGGGCCAAAGAAGGAACUGUCAGAGUACUGGGAAAAGCUCCUGUACUGGAGUUAAUCGUCUACAGCCACAGUGAGGCGGAAAUCCCCGAUGAGAUCCAAGUUGGCGACCUCAGAGAUGCCUACGCUGAUAAAGCCUUGACGUAUCUAUCAAAGAGCGGCCAAACACAGACCUUCGAAGAUGCUGAAUCGUUAGAUCGACUGGUUGAACAACCACCAAACAUCACCCUUAAUAUCAACAAGGCAAUAACAACUAAUGGGGAAACCUGGUCACUUGUCGCGUUUGGUGUAGCUAUACAGACUGUGGCUCUGGUCGUACCAGCCAUCAUGACUUAUCACUGGAAAGAAAAGAAGGAUGGGGAGCUAGUUCAGGACUACGCGUAUCCCAUAUUCCUGGCAGGGUCGUUAGCGCUGAUCAUCGGCAUAGCGCUAUGCUCUCACAUCAUCGAAGCAACUUCAGUCGAGCACACAUUUAAGAAAGAAAAGCCGAACGUAAAGAGUAUAAUCUAUCUGCAAAUGGCUUGCACCAUGGGUGAUCAGACAUUCGGGCAAUAUCUCCUUAGCAUGGGAAAUGAAAAGGAGUGCAUUCGGACUUCAAGAUCAGACUUUGAUAUGGUACGGCAGUGGGACGUUUGGUUUGCUGUGGUUACCUGUCUCUUGGGGUUUGUCUGCCAGUUUGUUGGCCUCAGAGCCCUGCACUGGUCUGCGACAGUCACACAACUCGGCGUUACCUUGAUCAUGACGGCCACUCGGGCUUGGAUUCGAAGAGGUAUCUCACGCCCACCAAUAGUGACCCCGAUCGAUACUACCGAUCUCGAUUGGAUAGCACUCAAAUUAGGUCAAGCGUGUCUAUCUAUAGACUCCGACACAAAUUUCUUUGAAGAGUUACACUCCUCUGGUACACAUUCUUUCGCACCAUAUACAUCCGACAAUGGAUACCGCACAAUCGAACACUUAUGGCACAUGUAUGAAUCUAUCUCCCAAACCAAAGAGAUCACAAUUACGCAUCCAUGUUUUGACGCUCUGAUUAUGGUGGACUAUCGUUGA